AUGGAGUCCACCAUCGGUUAUCUACUCCAAAUCACCCUCUGGGCCUAUAGGACCGCUUACAAGACACCAAUUGGAAUGUCGCCCUACAGAUUGGUAUUUGGAAAAAUGUGUCACCUGCCCGUCGAGAUAGAACACAAGGCAUAUUGGGCAGUCAAGAAAAUGAAUAUGAAAGCUCAUGCCUGUGAGGAAGAGAGGAAGCUGCAACUGCAGGAGCUAGAGGAAUUGAGGCUGGAGUCAUAUGAUUCAGCCAUGUGGUAUAAGGAGAGGACCAAACUCUGGCACGAUAAGAACCUUCGGGUCAAGGAGCUGCAGGUCGGGCAGAAAGUACUCCUUUUUCAGUCAAGGCUCAAGCUCAUGCCUGGAAAGCGGAAGUCCAAGUGGAUAGGCCCAUACACAAUCGUUGGCAUUCGAGCACAUGGAGCAGUUGAAAUUCAGGGAGUCAAUGCUAACUCUGUUCCUUUCCUUGUUAAUAGUCAUAGAGUGAAGGUGUUUAGGGAUACUUCAGAGUUGUGUGAAGUGGAAGAAAUCCCACUCCACACACCUUCCACUAUUGCCUAA